AUGAAAAUCGAAGACCAGUCUCCCAGCCCAAGUAAUGAUGAGAUGCUAAAUCAGACUCAAGACCCGCUGGAGCGAAGAAGGUUGCAAAAUCGACUUUCACAGAGAAAUCACCGCAGAAAAAUUAGAGAGCGAAUCGCAAAGCUCCAGGAGCGGGUCAUUGCGAAUGAGCUCAGAGCUGCUGCCGCUCUUCGCGGAUGGGAUCAGGGAUAUAACACUGCUUACAAUGCUUUGACAUUCAACUCUGCCCCCCAUUCCAGAUUGCCCGAGCAAGAAGUUGGCUUUUAUGAGCGGGACAUUUGUACCUCAGCCUCGGAGCACAAUGCUACUUUUAUACCACAUUGCACGCCUUACUCGACCCAGUCGUGGGGGGUCGACCAAAAUGCGUUACAAUCAGUCCACUCACACACCACAGAUGCCUCGUAUCUCAGUUCACCAGGUGCAACCAACUCAAACAAUUCAUUGACACACGCUUCACCAUCAUCGGCUCACGCCAUACGCUCCACUAACGUUGGUUUCGGCGGGAGCACAUUUCGCGAGAUCGCAAAUGUGGGAGAAUGCCAAUUUCAGGAUGCCAUCCCGCAGUCCCCAAAUCAGCCAUCAUAUUACCUUGCAACCGAGGCGGCGUUACCUCAAAUUCUCGAAGUCAUUAAUACAAUGUCGCCCCAAUCGAAGGUCAUUGUACUUGUUCCUCCAGAGUCUUCGAUUUCCAAUGCCUUGGUCCCGUUUACAACUUCAAAUUCUUCUUCCAUUGAGGAUGGGUUUGACGCACUGGGGAAUGGUUCCCUACCACUGCACAGCUUACCAACCUUCGGCUGUCUUUGCGAUCCAGGCAAUGGUCAAUCUGGACCCUCCGCAGAUUCAAGUUCCAAAACAUGGAAUGUCUCUCGAGGAUAUCCACAAGCAUGCCCAUUGCAUAAAAUCUCGCCUCAAAACUUGUGGACUGGUGGGUUCCCUACUAGAAUGCCAUGA